UUUCAGUUCACUCAGUUCCAGUAGGGAAGGUGGGCUUGCGCACGAGUUAGUGUCAGUGAAGAUAGCCCAGCCCACCACCCACGGGCUACGACUUGUUGUCUGUCGCUCUGGUGAAGUCCUAAAAGGAUCCGAUCUUAUCGCUUCCCCUGGUCGGGUUCCCUUGAAGUUUCAAUCAGAUCAAGACUCAGCCUUGCACCAUUUGGCUAACCGAGUUCAUGGUGAAUGAAGGGUGCCCUUUUCUUCUGGAUUUUGGUGGCCGAGAUGUAGAUGCACCCUCUCAAACAUGGGCAAUGUCAGCAGUCUCAUCCAAAACAUUUGGUUUAUCGGGAAGAACCUACAGUGACAUCCCAGUAAUGCUUCCUCUGGUUGAUAUGUGCAACUAUAGCUUCCAAUAAUGCCAAUAAAAUAAAUUACCUUUAUUUUCUUAGCUUCAAUUAGUUUUGAUUUGAUGAAAAGCUCCAAUAGGCUAUAGUUUUCUCAUACAUCUCUCAUAUCAGAUUGUAGCUGAAUGCAAGAUCAAACAAAAUGAUCUUUUAUAGCUGUCAAGCGAUUUAAUCUUUCCUGCUGGGUAAUGGAUUUUUUAUACCAUCAAAUCCAUAUGACUAUAUUUAGCUCAAGCAUGAGGGCUGUCAUGGAUGCUCGAUUAUGUCUGCUGGUGUUUCUUCACCCAAUUUCUUGUCUCCAGCUCCAUGGCAGCAACAAGUUUUGGCUCAGCUUGAUUUAGAUGGAGAACCUCCAAAUCUCAAGAGAUAUGAUUUGAAUAUCCUAAAACCUUCAUCAACUGGAACUUCCCUUGGAAUUGCCAAGAGUAGCUGCUUUUUGCACUGUUAUUGCAGUGGAGCAAAGAUAAUGGAUGAUGAGUCUAUUGAAACAAGGCAAUGUGUAGUGAAAAUGAUAUUAAUAAAAGAAGUUUCGAUAAAUAGGAAACUGGGGCGUCAAAAGCCAGAUACGUGAUUUGCUACAAUCAAACUAGAGAAGGAAACAGAGGAAGCUGGUUUAAUCUAUACAAGAAGCUUUUAGAUAUUAAUGGAAGAAAAACUAUUAUGAACAGGGCAAAAGAAGAAGAAGCCGAAGAGAAGAAAGAGAUAAGGUUUUCUCCAUAAACAUGUUGGAGGAUACCUACUGCAGAUAGAACAAAGAUCCAGAAACUGGCAGGGAGAAAAAAAAAACUUGAAACAAGACUAAUCCUAAAAACCUGCUGCCAUGAGAGUAACCAUUUCUCUUUCUUCUCUUCUACAGGUGUAUUAUGGUAGCUCCUAUGAAUUCCCAACUGAUAUGGGUCUUUCAGCUAAUCCUAGAGGGGAUCGGGACCGUUGCCUGGUAAUCUCUCGGAGAACCCUUCUCAUAUCUGGCUGCUGCAGUGAUGGAUGCUUGAUCUUCUCAAACUCUUGCUUUAUCUUCAUGACUUGGCUAUGAAUUGGUACACCUUUAUAUUCAUCCUCAUCUCUUAUAACUGCGUUGUUGUUGCUACUGCUGCUGCUGCUGAUCUUCUUUUGCUCCAUAUUCUCAACUUCUAAAGCUAAGCUCAAACCUGAUUGAAAAAUUGCUAAUCCUUCACACCAAAGGCCUUGCAUACCUGUUUUGUGGAUAGUUUUAAGGGUUUAUAUAUAUGGUGGGAAUAAUGAAAAAGACACGAUUUCUUCAUGAAUAGUGAGGAAACGGAAGCUGGUAGGCAAAGUGCGUGUAAAUUUCUCCACUUGUACUUAUUUAGAAGAGUUUUAAGAUGACUCCUUUGAAAGCUUGUUUUGAAUAUCCAAGAUUGCCCCUCUAAGUAAUUGGACCGUCUUCUGUUUGAAUUUUGAUGGAAAUAAUUGAUAUUGAUGUCUCCUGUUCAUAUUGUUUAA